UGACAAACCAGUUUCUCCUCAAUCUCCAUCCAUGUCAAUAGGCCAUAUCCAAGGGCACCAAGAAUCCCAAAGAUCCCAAGAGGUUAAGUUGUAAGUUCCAAAUAUCCAAUCCCUUUUCAUUCUCAUUAGCAUUAGAUUUCAAGAUCCACAAUUGAAAAAGAUAAAAAAAAAAAUCAAUGUGAAACUUUUACCUAACCUAUUCAAUGAUUGCUAACCCAACAAUUUUACAUAUUUGUUGGUGUAGCACAUAAAAAUGGAGGUGGCAAUAAAUAUUUGAUUAUUAAAUUGCUACCGAUCAAACCUUAAACAUUACACAUCUCUUUCUCAUCCUCAAUCCGCAUGCUUAUUCAAUCUGCGAUAUUAUUAUAUUUUUUUCCGAUCAUCAACUCCUAUCGGAAGUAUACAUCGGUUUUGGUGAACAAAUUUCGCGACUCUAGCAUUAUUGUUUUGAGAAAGCAUCUACAUUUGCAAAGAUGCAGUCUUUGAGUCGAUCAAUACGAGGUCAAUCGUUACAUGAGCCUCCACCAUUUGCAGAGAAGAUCACAGAAGACCCUGUGACAACGAAAACCGCACAAAGCACGGUGACUUGCGUCUACCUUGCAAAUAUUGCGACAUUUUGGCGGAAGGUGACGAUCAUAUGGUGUAAGAACCUCAUGAACCAUUCCCUCAGCAUUCGGAUUGAUAGCUUAGACGGCGGUUUUCAUUAUACUUGCAAAAUCGACCUAAAGCCAUGGCAUUUUUGGAGCAAAAAAGGGUAUAAGUCAUUCGAGGUCGAAGGGAAUCAAGUGGAGGUUUAUUGGGAUCUUCGUUCUGCAAAAUUUGGCGGCGGCCCAGAACCUUUUUCUGACUUUUAUGUUGCUCUUGUUUGCGAUGAGGAGAUUGUGUUGUUAUUGGGAGACAUGAAGAAAAAGGCAUACAAGAGAACAAAAUCCAGACCAGCCCUUGUGGAGGCACUUUUAUACUACAAAAAAGAAAACGUGUUUGCCAAGAAAAGUUUUGCCACAAGAGUGAAGUUUGAUGAGAAUAGAAAAGAGCAUGACAUUGUCGUGGAGAGCUCAACAUCGGGCUCGAAAGACCCUGAAAUAUGGAUCAGCAUAGACGGGAUUGUGUUGAUUCAUGUCAAGAAUUUGGAGUGGAAAUUCAGAGGGAAUCAGACCGUGCAGGUGAACAUGCAACCGGUGCAAGUUUUCUGGGACGUGCACGAUUGGCUUUUCAGCAGCCCCGGGACUGGGCAUGGGCUGUUUAUUUUCAAGCCAGGGCCGCCGGAAUCAGAGAGCGAUCACGACAGAGAUGGCAACGGCGGCAUAGACAGUGAUAAUAGCAGUCCUUAUUAUUCAACUCAGACUAGUAACUCAACAUCUUCCGACUUCUGCCUGUUUCUUCAUGCAUAUAAGAUUGAGUGAGGGAAACUAGCUUAUGGAAACACAAAAAAAAAAAAAA